AGGCAGCAUCACUAAGUAAAAUAAUAUUCGGGUUUUGGAUUGAUGAGUUCAAAUCCAAUUUACAAUGUUUGUUACCGAGGUAAAUGGUUAGCGAGUUAUGUGCGCAGAGCACUCGUCCCAUGUCCACCCAUGGUGCGGUGGAACACGACUGCCCCCUACAGAUGCUAGAGGGGGUAUUGCAACUCCGAGCAAAUACGAAAGUACUAUCCGGGCAAUACCGAACACCAACCCCCCUUCACGCCUAAUGUUGCUGUACCUCCAACCCUCCCCCCGUAUCAGAGGAGUAGAAACAACAAGCCGCCAUUUUGUUUGUGCGGACAGACCGAAAGAGGCAGGAGAUACCGAGAAAGAGCGACUUCAGCACCGAUAACUGUCACUCCGGGAGCCGCCGGUGAAUGAGUGGCGGUGUCGUAUCGAAGCGCAAACAGGGAUAAAAGUAAAAAUCUGUGAUAAGAGUGAAGACAAACGAGGCUGUAAAAAAGGAAAUUCUCUUUGAAAUCCAAGGAAGGGGGUGUUUUUACGGAGCGGAGACGGAGAGGCGGAAGAGGGCAAUAUAUUUUAACGAAGGAAAACCUGCGAACGGAAGAAAAAAUGGAACAUGAAAAACCAUUAUGAGCCCAUCACCGCAAAAAGAAAAUGUCCGCAAAUAUAUCAGUAAUGAUAAAUUGCCCGUAGGCAUUAAAGAAAAAGAAAAAAGGGCAAAAGCCGUAUUUUAAGAAAAGGAGACAUUUCCAGGGUAAACGCGAAGGGGGGCAUUCUCCAUCACAAAGAGUCAAUGAAAGGAUUUUGUGGACCCAAAAUAUUUAGGGGGUGUUGCUAUCAUUAUCAGACGGAUCCGAAGCUGCCCACUUCUGAAAUAGCCAUAAUAUUGUAGCGACCCCCCCGCUUUAUCAGAUUUUCUCUCAUCGUUAUUCUCCUGUUCUUGGUUGGGAUUUUUUUCCUUCAGUUGCAUGGCAAGACAAAUCAGUAUACGCAGUGACAGAUUCUUGCGAUAUUUAUCAACGGUUUCAUGUUUUGUAAUCAAAGGUGUUCCGAUUGCAUUAAGCUGCGUAAUUUUACAAGCAGUGAAAUCAGUGCCAUUUCUUUCAAGCCCAGGGCAAGAAUCCCUAUGGAACGUCCUCUGCUAAAUAAAACUAAUUGGAUCAAUCUGAUCGGCCAUUGAUUGGGAGGAACUGUGAUUUCUGAAACAAUUUCGGGAAAGGAAGCUCAUCCUACGCGUCGGAAAGCAAUUCUUGUCAGCAGACUGAAUGUGAAAACUCAAUUGUUGAGGAUUUUUGCAACCAUUUUUAACCAACUGGCUGCAAUUGGCAUAAUCGCGCAAAGGGGUGCAGCAUCCAAGUGUGCAAUACGAGUCCGUUAUUUUUGACUUGCAUUGCAUUGACGAACGAACAUCAAAUUGCAAGAUGUAGUCUGCAAGAACAUCCUAAGAGAAAGUUAUGAUGCAUGGAAUUCGACAUUUCCAAUAGAACUCUUUGUGAGACCAAUUUAUUGCAAGUGAAUGGAACUUGAUCAGGCUUUUUCUGCAGAACUGCAUUCGAUGCUGAUAAUCUGUUGACAACACUGUAUGUCGUUCUUGCAGGGUUAAAUGGUCGCCGUACAUGCAUUAAAUGCACUUGAAACCACUGUCACCUAGUCUACUAAAGCUGGACAUCGCGAUUUAACAUCCCACUAAUUGACCACCUUGUUUGUGGUGAUGCUGGGAACAAAUUGCAUUGACUGCAAUGGAAAGCCAGACCAAGUGGAAGAUUUAUCCAUUUUCGGGGCUCUCAUAACUGUUGCAUGAGACGAGGCCCCCAAAGUUACGACCGGGGAACGUUUGGACUACGUUCCAUUAUCAGAUCCCCAUAUUUAUUUCCCCGGCCUUUUGACCUAAUCUGAGCAGUGUAGAAUUAAACACUCAAUUUCGCCGCCGACUAUGGCGGAAAAGACUGAUGCUACCAUGGAGGACAGUUCUUGGGACAAUUUCAGCGUUGCCGAAGAGGCUACAUGAGGUUGUCGAAGGCCUGCACACUUAUCUUUUUCACCGACUCCACCUUCCCACCUCCUCCUGUUUAAGUCAGAGAAAAUCUAUAAAGGAACAAAAUAUCCGACAGGGGAGGGGGAUUGAUAGCUACAGCGAAGGAUAAAUCGAGAGUGGAGCCCUGAAAGGAAGAGUUGAACGCAAUCGCCUUCUUUCCCCCUACCGUCCCCAAACGGUGGGGGAAGAAACAAAAACGUUUAACGGAGGUUCAAAAGGAAUCGGAAGGACGCUUACAAGGGAAUACUUUUAUCCUUUGUGGACUUACAGCAAAUUGUUAAUUCGUGAAAAAUAUGGCCGAUAAUGUUCUGGAGUCCGGCCCGCCUUCAGCCAAGAGGCCUAAACUAUCCUCCCCGGCUCUCUCAGUGUCUGCAAGCGAUGGAAACGAUUUCGGUUCACUUUUUGACCUGGAGCACGACCUCCCCGACGAGCUCAUCAACUCCUCGGAACUGGGCCUGGUCAACGGAGGAGACCUCAGCCAGCUGCACACCAGCCUCGGAGGUGGAGUCGGCAUGGGAGUGGGAGGAGGUCAGGACGCCGCGGCCAAACACAAACAGUUGUCGGAGCUUCUCCGAGCCGGAGCACCCCCACAGCAGGGUGCCACCAACAGCCCAGGAGGAGGCGGGGCCUCCAUGGGUAUGAUGGGGGGGAUGAAUGCCUCCCCUGGGGGGCCACAGGGCCAGCAGCACCCUGGGCCCCAACAGGCUGGACUGAUGCAGCAGGUGGGCAUGGUGGGAGGACUGAACCGGGCGGCCAUGAUGGGGGCCCAGAAAGGCCCCAAUGGACAGCAGCAGCAAGGCAUGAUGGGAGGCCAGGUGAUGAACGGCUCUCCCAGGAUGGGUUACCCCGGCAACCCUGGGAUGGGUAGCAACAGUAACAUGCUGGCUGAGACCCUGGCGGGGCAGCCGAUGGGGGCGGGGCCACAGUCCGGGAUGAGGCCACAGCAACCUGGAGCACUGAACAAGAUGAAUAUGAUGGCUAACGCUGGCCCCUAUGGUGGUCCGUAUGGUCAGGCGGGGGGCCAGGGGCUGGGUGGGGCAGGGCUGGGCCCGCAGCUCCAGAACAAGGCAGGGCUGCCCAACAGUCAUGCCCAGUUCAGCCUGGACAAGAAGACGCCUCCAGGACAGGGCAUGGCUGGGAUGGCCUCCCAGCAGCCCCCAAGCAUCGGAGGCGUGGCCGUCGGCGGAGCAGCGGGCGCGGCCGGGGCCCAGGCUGGCCUCGGCGCCGUGGGAACGGGCCCGGGGGCGGCGCCCCCCACGGCCGACCCGGAGAAGCGCAAGCUGAUCCAGCAGCAGCUGGUGCUGCUCCUCCACGCCCACAAGUGCCAGCGGCGGGAGCAGGCCAACGGGGAGGUGCGCCAGUGCAACCUGCCCCACUGUCGCACCAUGAAGAACGUCCUCAACCACAUGACCCACUGCCAGGCCGGCAAGUCCUGCCAGGUGGCGCACUGUGCCUCGUCCAGACAGAUCAUCUCCCAUUGGAAGAACUGCACGCGACACGACUGUCCGGUCUGCCUUCCGCUAAAGAACGCUGGAGACAAGCGGAACCAGCAGUCCCUCCUCAGUAGUGCAGGGGUAAGCCUGGGCUCCCUCGGAACCGUACCUGGGGGCCAGCCCAGCACCCCCAACUUGAACCCCCCCAGCCAGAUCGACCCCAGUUCCAUCGAGCGGGCCUACGCAGCCCUGGGCCUCACCUACCAGGGCAACCAGAUGCCUCAGCAGCCCCCCCAGGGCAACAUGGCCAACCAGGGCCUGCCUGGCCAGCCCGGCAUGAGGUCCCUCAACACCAUGGGAGGGAACCCCAUGGGAGUGAAUGGUGGGGUGCAGCAGCCCAACCAACAGUCCAACCUGCUCCCAGACGCCAUGCUGCACAACAGCAUGAACGCACAGAGUUUGAUGAAUGACAGUGGGGUGGGCAGUCUGGGCUCCAUGCCCACGGCAACUCCUCCCUCAGCACCGGGCAUGAGGAAGUCCUGGCAUGAGGACAUCACCCAGGACCUGCGCAACCACCUCGUCCAUAAGCUGGUGAGCAGUGUGCAGGCCAUCUUCCCCACCCCGGACCCGGCUGCGCUGAAGGACCGGCGCAUGGAGAACCUGGUGGCCUACGCCAGGAAGGUGGAGGGAGACAUGUACGAGUCGGCCAACAGCAGGGCGGAGUACUACCACCUGUUAGCCGAGAAGAUCUAUAAGAUCCAGAAGGAGCUGGAGGAGAAGAGGAGGACGCGGCUUCAGAAGCAGGGCAUGAUGCCCAACCAGCCUGGCAUGCCGCCCACAGGCCUGCCUCAGGGGCACCCUGGCAUGGGCCAGCCGCCGAUGGCUCCGGGACUGCCUCCAAAUGGUCCCCAUGCUGAGCCCUCCAUGGUCCGACCCCCUGGACCUGGUCAGAUGGUCAACAGGAUGCAGAACCCUGCAGCAGGGAUGAACCAGUUUGGUCAGAUGGGACUGCAGUCGUUAGGUCAGAGGUCAACCCCGCCCCUUCCUCUUGGAACUCCACUAAAUCAGAUGGGUAUGGCUGCUGCAAGGAUGGGCCAGCCCAAUGUGGGCCAGCUCCAGAACCAGUACCUCCCUCCUGGACAUUUCCCUGGGUCCAGUCCUGGCCUUGGCGCUGGCCCUGUGGGCAUGAACCAGCCUGGGCAGCAAGGAGGCAUGGCACAGCAAAACCAGAUGUCCACCCCGCCUUCCCUACCGGCCAGCAGCCCUGCCGCCCAGCCAGGCUCCACGGCCACUGGCCCCGGGGCUCCCCCAGGCUCCCUGGGCCCCCCCAGCGUAGAUCGAGGGCCCCCCUCCAACCUGCCCCCAUCCUCCAACUCCCAGCCUAACUCCCACCCGCACUGCCCCCCCAUCCGACAGAAUUCCCCCUCGCCGGCGCGCAGCCUCACCCCCACGCCCCACCAGACUCCGCCCACGCUGCCUGGCUCGCAGACGCCGCAGCCGCACACGCCCAACCCCCCCCAGCUUGCAACCCCUCAGCAGCCCCAGCAACAGCAGUCGGCGCAGCAGCAGCAGCCGCAGCCAAUGGGGCAGGGGAUGAACUCUGAGAAGGCCAAUCAGCAGCAGCAGCCACAUGGAGGCGGAGCUUCAGGAGGCCCCCAGACGGGGCAGGCUCAGUCUGUGCCUACCCAGAAUGCACAUGUGCCAACUCAGUUACCACGGACACCGCUGUCUCAGAAGUCGUCCCUGACGGCCGACGGCCAGGCCUCCACACCGGCCUCCGUCAGCAGCACUGACCCCUCCUCCCAACUGGCCCCGCCCGACGCCCACGGCCCCGCCCACGGCGAGUCCAAGAUGGGCGCGAAGCAGCAAGACGAGGAGGACGCCGAGUCCCAGGGCGAGGGCAAGGCCUCGGGGAAGACGGGCAAGGGACAGGCCGACAUCAAGACGGAGGAGAAGCCAGAGAUUAAGAAGGAGAAGCCCUCGGGCGACGGGUGCAAGGGCGAGCCCAUGGACACGUCCACCUCGACGUCCUCGACGACGUCCUCGUCGUCGUCGGGGACGGCCAGCGAGGACAGGAAGCCGGAGAUUAAGACGGAGCCCAAAGAGGAAGAGGAAGGGUCGGGGUCUUCAGGCACGCACAGCUCCCCCGCCAGCGCUCAGAGUAAGAAGAAGAUCUUCAAGCCUGAGGAGCUGAGGCAGGCCCUCAUGCCCACCCUGGAGGCUCUGUACCGCCAGGACCCAGAGUCUCUGCCCUUCAGACAGCCGGUGGACCCCCAGUUACUGGGAAUACCCGACUACUUUGACAUCGUGAAGACCCCCAUGGACCUGUCCACCAUCAAGCGGAAGCUGGACACGGGCCAGUACCAGGAGCCCUGGCAGUACGUGGACGACAUCUGGCUCAUGUUCAACAACGCCUGGCUGUACAACCGCAAGACGUCGCGCGUCUACAAGUACUGCUCCAAGCUGGCCGAGGUGUUCGAGCAGGAGAUCGACCCCGUCAUGCAGGGCAUGGGCUACUGCUGCGGGCGGAAGCUUGAGUUUUCCCCCCAAACUCUAUGCUGCUAUGGAAAACAGUUAUGCACCAUCCAACGAGACGCUGCUUAUUUUAGCUACCAGAACAGGUACCACUUCUGUGAGAAGUGUUUCAACGAAAUCCAGGGCGAGAGCGUGUCGCUAGGAGACGACCCCUCCCAACCUCAGACGUCCAUCAGCAAAGAGCAGUUUCAGAGGAAGAAGAAUGACACCCUUGACCCCGAACUGCUUGUGGAAUGUAAUGACUGCGGUCGUAAAAUGCACCAGAUUUGUGUCCUUCAUAACGACACCAUAUGGCCGGCAGGCUUUGUGUGUGAAAGUUGCCUUAAAAAGGCUAAUAAGACACGAAAAGAGAACAAGUACGCGGCCAAAAGUAAGUGGAGGCUCCCCCAGACAAAGCUGGGCACCUUCCUGGAGACACGAGUGAACGACUACCUCAAGCGCCUGAACCACCCAGAGUCUGGCGACGUCACCAUACGCGUGGUCCACGUCUCCGACAAGGUGGUGGAGGUCAAGCCGGGCAUGAAGUCCAGGUUUGUGGAUAGUGGGGAGAUGUGCGAGUCCUUCCCCUACAGGACCAAGGCUCUUUUUGCCUUUGAGGACAUCGACGGAGCCGACGUCUGCUUCUUCGGCAUGCACGUGCAGGAGUACGGCUCGGACUGCCCGCCGCCCAAUCAGAGGCGGGUUUACAUCUCCUAUCUGGACAGUGUGCACUUCUUCCAGCCUCGACACCUGCGCACAGGUGUCUACCACGAGAUCCUCAUAGGCUACCUGGAGUACGUCAAGAGGCUGGGGUAUACGACAGGCCACAUCUGGGCAUGCCCUCCCAGCGAGGGGGACGACUACAUCUUCCACUGUCACCCCAUGGACCAGAAGAUCCCCAAGCCCAAGAGACUGCAGGAGUGGUACAAGAAGAUGCUGGACAAGGCUGUGGCCGAGCGCAUUGUACAUGACUACAAGGACAUCUUCAAGCAGGCGACGGAGGACCGUCUCACCAGCGCCAAGGAGCUGCCGUACUUUGAGGGCGACUUCUGGCCCAACGUGCUGGAGGAGAGCAUCAAGGAGCUGGAGCAGGAGGAGGAGGAGCGCAAGAGGGAGGAGAACAGCACCUCCAGCGAGAGCAUCGAUGCCACGAAAGGUGACAGCAAGAAUGCCAAAAAGAAGAACAGUAAAAAGACGAGCAAGAACAAGAGCAGUCUGAGCCGAGCCAACAAGAAGAAGCCGGGGAUGCCCAACGUGUCCAAUGACCUCUCCCAGAAGCUCUACGCCACCAUGGAGAAACACAAGGAGGUGUUCUUUGUGAUCCGCCUUAUCGCUGCCCCCACGGCAAACUCCCUGCCCCCCAUCACGGACCCCGACCCCCUGAUGGCGUGCGACCUGAUGGAUGGACGUGACGCCUUCCUGACGCUGGCGCGGGACAAGCACCUGGAGUUCAGCUCACUGCGCAGGGCUAAGUGGAGCUCCAUGUGCAUGCUGGUAGAGCUGCACAACCAGAGCCAGGACCGCUUUGUCUACACCUGCAACGAAUGCAAGCACCACGUGGAGACACGCUUCCACUGCACCGUCUGCGAGGACUAUGACCUCUGUGGCACCUGCUACAACACCAAGGGCCACGAGCACAAGAUGGAGAAGCUGGGUCUGGGUCUGGACGACGAGAGCAACAGCCAGGCCGCCGCAGCCACCCAGAGCCCCGGAGACUCGCGCCGCCUCAGCAUCCAGCGCUGCAUCCAGUCCCUGGUCCACGCCUGCCAGUGUCGCAACGCCAACUGCUCGCUACCGUCCUGCCAGAAGAUGAAACGUGUGGUGCAGCACACCAAGGGCUGCAAGCGCAAGACCAACGGCGGCUGCCCCAUCUGCAAGCAGCUGAUCGCCCUGUGCUGCUACCACGCCAAGCACUGCCAGGAGAACAAGUGCCCCGUGCCCUUCUGCCUCAACAUCAAGCACAAGCUGAGGCAGCAGCAGCUGCAGCACCGCCUCCAGCAGGCCCAGAUGCUGAGAAGGAGGAUGGCCAGCAUGCAGAGGGUAGGCCAGCCGGCCGGGGGAGGAGGCCCCGUGGGAGGGCUUCCCUCCCCGGGGAACAACGGCACCACAGCCCCCAGCACCCCCACCUCGGUGGGGACCCAGCCCCCGACGCCCCAGACCCCUACGCAGCCCAGCAGUCUACCUCCAGGCCCACAGCCAGGGAUGGGCCCCAGCCCCGGGGCCGGGCCCCAACAAGGACAGCUCCAGCAGGGACAGCAGGGUGGAGGCAUGCCCCCCCAGCACCACAUGCACCACCAGUUCCAGCAGCAGAUGCAACAGGGCGGAGGGGGCAUAAUGAGCUCUCCUCAGCAGCAGCAGCAACAGCAACAGAUGAUUCCCCAGGUCCAACAGCAGCAGAACCAGGGUCCCAACCCUCAGCAGCUGCAGCACCCCAACAGCCUACCCCCUUAUGCCAACAGACCCCCAGGGUCCUCUCCUCUCCACCCCCAGUCCCAGGGUAAGCCUGGGCUGGGCCCAGCCACCCCUCCGCAGCAGCAGCCCCAGGCCACCCAGCAGCAGCCCACCCCAGGCCAGGUCUCCAUGCCUGGGCAGCCCCAGCAACAGCAGCCCCAGUCCGGCCCACCUCCGGCAGCCGUGGAGAUCGCCAUGAAGAUCCAACAGGUGGCAGACGCCCAGAGGAAGAUGGCACUGCAGAGGCAGGCGGCCCAAGCUGCGGGUAUGAUGCCCCAGCACCCCCACCACCAACAGCCCCAGGGGCAGAUGGGCAUGGCUCACCCCGGGGCAGUGGGUAUGGUAGGUGCCCAGGGCCUGCCCCCCCAGGCCCAGGCUGCAGCAGUGGCGGCCAGGGCUCACAUGGAGCAGCAGCAACAGCAGCAGCAGGGGCCUCCGGGGAUGAUGGUGGGGCCUGGCCCCAUGCAGCAGCAGCCCCAGCAGGCUAACCCCCAGGCUGGGCUGCCCCCCCAGGCCCAGGUCCAGCUUCAGCAACAGAGGGUAGGGGGCCCCCCUCUCCAGAACCCCCAGCAGCAGUGGGCCGGACAGGGCAUGCCGCCCCAGCAGAGGCAGGCCAUGAUGAACCAGAUGGGACAUCCAGGCAUGGUGGCUGCCCAGCAGCAACAACAACAACAACAACAAAUGCAGCAGCAGCAACAACAACAACAACAACAACAACAGCAAGUCCAGGGGCGUAAUGCGCUUAUAGGGAUGGUGCAGCAGGCUGGAGGGGGUGUCCCGGGGGGUGCAGCAGUGGUGCCCGGGGGUGGUAACCUGCCCCAAGCGGCCCUCCAGGAGCUCCUACGGACCCUGCGCUCCCCCAGCUCCCCUCUCCAGCAGCAGCAGGUCCUCAACAUCCUGCGCUCCAACCCCCAGCUCAUGGCUGCCUUCAUCAAGCAGAGGGCCUCCAAGUACAAGGGGGCCCAGGGAGGGCCAGGGGCCCCCGGAGGGCCUGGACCAGCAGGGUUACCCGGGGCCAACGUCAUGGGUGGCCAGCAGGUGAAUGUCAACGCUGUAGGUGGCCAGCCUGGAAUGGGUCACAUGGGUCAGGGGGUGAAUGUCAACAUGCCCUCCAUGGCUCAGUUACAGCAGGUCCAGCAACAGCAGUUACAGCAGCAACAACAGCAACAGUUACAGCAGCAGCAGCAGCAGCAGCAGCAGCAGCAGCAGCAGCAGCAGCAGCAGCAACAGCAGCAGCAGCAGCAGCAGCAGCAGCAACAACAACAACAGCGGCCAAUGCUGGCUGGUUUGCAGCAGGUUGCAGCCCUACAGCAGCAGCAGCAGCAAGCAGGAAACAUGCCGGGACAAGGCCCUCAGAUGGCCAACAUCAACCCCAAGUUCAGAGAGUUACUGAUGAGACGGCACCUACAACAACAACAGCAGCAGCAGCAACAACAACAACAACAACAACAGAUGGGGAACCAUGCCCAGUUCCAACAGCCCCAGCCCCCUCAGGGCCAGGGCUACAUGGGCCAGCCUGGGAUGCAGCCACCCCAGCAGGGUCAGGGCCCUUCUGGAGGCCCCCCUCCUCCCCAGGUGGCUGGAGGUCAGCCUGGCCAGCAGCAGCAGGGUUACCCAGGGACGGUAUCCCAGCAGCAGGCUGCUGCGCUCCAGCAGAGGCUCCAGCACCAGCACCACCUCCAGAUGCAGCAGCAGCAGCAGAAUGCCAUGGCAGGCCUCCAGGCGGGUGACGGGGGGCCCGGUGGGGGUGUAGGAGGCCCCCAGCAGCAGCCGCAGCCCCCCCAGGGAGGCCCCCAGCCACCGUCCUCCCAGGCCCUUCUCCAGCAGGCUAUUCACCAGAGGCUGCUCCAGCAGCAGCACCUGGGAGGGGGCUCCCCAGCCCAGCACAGUAACCCUAUGAGCCCACAGCAGCAGAUGGCCCAGUCGCCCCACCCCCAUCUCCAGGGACAGGCUCUGGGCGCAGGCUCCCUCAGCAACCAGGUCCGCUCCCCACAACCCUCCCCGCGGCCCCAGUCUCAGCCCCCGCACUCCAGCCCGUCCCCCCGCAUGCAGCCCCAGCCUUCCCCCCACCACAUCUCCCCUCAAACCCAGACGGGCUCUCCGCACCCGGGCCACCUCAACCAGCACCACCCUGGGAUGGUGGUCCCACAACAACAACAACAGCAACAGCAAGCGGCCCAGCAGCAGCAGAACUCUAUGGACCAGUUUGGGUCGGAGCAGAACGCCAUGCUGUCCCAGCUUAGUGGGAUGGGGGGCCUUCAUGGACCCGGGGGGGCUGAUAUGCUGUCUGGGAACAGCCAGGACCUUAACCACACCUUAGACAUCAUGUAGGGUGUCAGAGACUCGCCUCCUGCUUUGCAGAACUGCACUCGCCUAGGACAGUGUUAGCCUUUUUUUAUACUUUUAAUGUUAUUAUUUAAUGUUUUCAAUAAAGAUACAUUGAACUGAACUUCCUAUGGGAGAUGCAACAAUAAAUCAACAAGUCAAUGAAUGAAUUAAAAUAAAUGAAUGGUAAGUUAUUGCUGUUAAUAUAUUUUUUUGCCAAUUGUGUACAAAGAGGGGGAUGGUCUCUUUCCCUUAAAGAAUACAACAGGUGAUAUUUUUGGGGUUUGGAGGAUUAUGGGAGUAUUUGCCUUUUUUUAAGAAAUGUUUUUAAGAUUUUAAAAGUGACUAAGAAUUAAAGAGCAAAUGAUUGAAUGCAAUUGACUUUUUUUAAUUGUAUUUUUUUUUUUUUUUUUUUUCUCCAUUCAGUCUGUCUUAUCAUUUUUGCAGAGUGAAGUGGAUAAUAUUAUUAUUGUUAUAAUUAUGAAUCCAAACAUCAUGCAUAUCUUCCUUUAAAUGUUUGGGUUUUGCUUGACUUUAUUUAUUUUCUUAAUUUUUUUUUUCCAUUGGGACGGUUUGUUGGUUGGUAUAUACCCUGAGACUGCUACAAUUCACAUAGAAAUAUAUUUUUGUUAUUGGAUGUUAAAAUCGGGGGAGUGGUUAUUUCAUUUCACAUGCUAUGUCAUAGGUUGGGCCUAUCUAACCUGGAAUAAAUGUCAGUGUUCUUGGGUUGCGGGUGUUGCUGUAGGCGUCAGGGAGUGGGGCCAAUGGAUACAGGCCUGCUACCAUGGAAAUGCCCCCAUCAUUGAACAUUUUUACUGGAAGGGACAUUUCUUACAAACAAGCCCCCUCUUGAAUGUGUGUGCACUCCUUCCUUUUAAAGACACUUGUUGAGUACUGGAGGUGGGAGGUGCAUACCUGUGUGCCUGUAAUGAGGAGAGAACACGGGGUGGGCGUGGAGGAGAGUCCACUAGUGUUGUAGUAGGAUGUUUCUGCUCUGGGAAUGGAUCCUAAAUGACUGUACUGCACCUGAGGUGGGGGAGGGACUGGAGACAUCCCCGCCCCCUGUCUCGCCCCCUCCAUGCUGCUCCUCUCUCUGGACUUGAACCCACCCUUCCCUCACCCCAGCUUAAGAGCUCCGAAUGCACUGGUCCCGCUGCAACCCCCGUCGCUCUCCUCCAGUCCCCCACCCCACCCGUGGGUGAAUCGCUGUCACUCCUCCCCAGACAACCCCACCUUCUCAAUUUAUCUUUCUGCUCAGAACUUUGGGAGUUUAAUUUAAUAUUUUUUACUGUACAAAGAAUACACAAACUGUGGACUCGAAUACUGUUUUUUAUAAUAAAAUGAAAAUGACAAAUA